AUGAGUUUAUGGGUUGACAAACACCGACCUAAAGAUUUGAUGAAAUUAGAUUUUCACAAGGAUCAAGCCCUUAGGUUGAAAAACCUUGUUCAACAAAGUGACUUUCCGCAUCUUCUUGUUUAUGGGCCUUCGGGUGCCGGUAAAAAAACUAGAAUUAUGUGUUUAUUAAGAGAACUUUACGGCUCUGGUGCUGAACGCUUGAGACAGGAAACAAUGCAUUUUACCACUCCGUCAAAUAAGAAAAUAGAAAUUAUGACUGUGAGCAGCAACUAUCACAUUGAGGUUAAUCCGACUGAUGUAGGAAUUCACGAUCGAGUUGUUAUAAUGGAUUUAGUAAAAAAUGUUGCUCAGACCCAUCAAAUUGACUCUUCAGGACAGCGUGAGUUCAAAGUUGUAAUACUUAAUGAAGUCGAUGAUUUAACUAAAGAUGCUCAGCAUGCUUUACGUCGCACCAUGGAGAAGUACGUUGCUACUUGCCGCCUAAUCCUUAUCGCCAAUUCUAUAUCACGGGUUAUUCCUGCCAUAAGAUCCCGUUGUUUAACAAUAAGAGUUCCUGCUCCUACAGAAAAUGAAAUUGCUACAGUGUUACACACAGUUUGUAAAAAAGAAGGUUUAAGUCUGCCAUCUGAACUAGCCAUGCGUAUUGCCAAAUGUGCUGAUAGAAAUUUACGGAGGGCUUUACUGAUGUGUGAAGCUUGUAAGGUACAGAAAUAUCCAUUUACUUCUGAUCAGAAAGUUCCUGAACCUGAUUGGCAGCAAUUUAUUAGAGAGAUUGCAUCUAUGAUUUUAACAGAACAAUCCCCAAAGAAACUAGGUGAAGUUCGACAAAAGUUGUAUGAGUUAAUAAUACAUGGUAUCCCUCCAGAUAUGAUUUUUUCAGGACUUUUGUGUGAAUUAGUCCGUAAUUGUGACAUGUCAAUGAAAUGUCAGGUAGCAAAUCAUGCAGCUGAGUAUGAGCACAGAAUGAGACUUGGCAAUAAACCUAUAUUUCACCUUGAGGCCUUUGUUGCUAAAUUUAUGGCUAUUUACAAAAAGUUUGUUGAGGAAUCUCUAGGUGAUGCUUUCUGA